UACCGCCCUGAUACACUCCUGCCCUAGUGGGCAACAACACAAAUAAACCAUAUUCUCCUCUGUGUGAAGUGGAAUCCGCUUCCUUGCAAUUUGGUUUCCUUGGAGGAGAAGGUGCUUGUGGAGGAGGAAGAGGGGAAGAACAAGGCAAAUUCAGCAGCUGCUUAUCUCGACUACAAUCCUUUCAGCAAUGAGAGAGAGAGGAGGAGGAGGAGGAGGAGGAAAAGAGCAAUGACCUAGGCGUCAUGAAUGCCAGUAUCCCUUGCAACACCAGCCGCAGCGAAAGCAUUUUCCUGGGGAAGUUGCACUCUGCAGCACUAAAAGUACGGCCUGUACCUCAUGUGUCUCUCAAGAAAUCUGCAUCAAUGGGAACUCGUGCCAUGGCCCUUGUCUACAAACAUCUUCUCUUAAUGCUGCUGGGCGUAGGCUGGCCAGGUCUGGGGAAUCCCAGUGCGGAAGCAGCUCGGGUCCGAGAGCACUAUAUAGUGGCUCAGGUCGCUAACUGGAGCUACAGUUCCCAGGCAGAAGACCUGUCCAGAUUACCAAAAUCAGAUCAUCUAUUUAAGAAAAUUAUCUACAGCGAGUAUGAAGCAGAUUUCAAAAAAGAAAAACCAAGAAAUGCCCUAUCAGGGCUUCUGGGUCCAACACUACGUGCUGAAGUGGGAGAUACACUUGUCAUUCAUUUUAAGAACCUGGCUAAUAAACCACUGAGUAUUCACCCACAAGGCAUAGCAUACAGCAAACAUUCAGAAGGUUCCUCAUAUUCUGACAAUACAUUGCCUAUCGAAAAACUCGAUGAUGCUGUGCCUCCUGGAAAAAGUUAUAAAUAUGUGUGGAAGGCGUCUGCAGGAACUGGACCACGGGAGGCUGAUCCUCAUUGCCUCACCUAUGCCUACUACUCACAUGAAAACAUGGUGCAAGACUUCAAUUCUGGCCUUAUCGGUGCCUUGCUGAUAUGUAAAAACGGAAGCCUGCAUGAAAAUGGAACACAGAAAUUUUUUGACAGGGAAUAUGUGCUGAUGUUUGCUGUGUUUGAUGAAAGCAAAAGCUGGCAAAAAGGACCCUCCCUCAUGUACACCAUUAAUGGCUACACUAACGGAACACUACCAGAUGUACAAGCCUGUGCUUACCAUCACAUUAGUUGGCAUUUGAUAGGGAUGAGUUCUGCGCCUGAGAUCUUCUCGGUCCAUUUCAAUGGGCAAACCUUGGAGCAAAACCACUAUAAAAUGUCAACGAUCAAUCUUGUCGCAGGAGCAUCAGCAACAGCAAAUAUGUCCGUGAGCAAGACAGGAAAGUGGCUCAUAUCAUCACUUGUUGAAAAGCAUUUGCAAGCUGGAAUGCAUGGUUACCUCAAGAUAGAAGACUGUGGAAAUCCAGACACUUUAACAAGGAAAUUAUCCUAUAAAGAAUUACGGAUGAUUAAGAAUUGGGACUAUUACAUCGCUGCUGAGGAAGUAAUCUGGGAUUAUGCUCCGGAAAUCCCUGACAGUGUUGAUAGGAAAUAUAAAACUCAGUAUCUGGAAGCAUUUUCCAAUCAUAUUGGCAAGAAGUAUAAAAAGGCCAUAUUCAGACAAUAUAAAGAUGCCAGCUUCACCAAACGCACAGACAAUAUAUGGGCCAAACAACGUGGAAUUCUGGGGCCUGUUAUCAGAGCUGAGGUCAGAGAUAACAUAAAGAUUGUAUUCAAAAACAUGGCCAGCCGACCCUACAGCAUUUAUGUGCAUGGAGUUACGCUUUCAAAGGAUGCUGAAGGAGUCGUUUAUCCUUCGGAUGCCAAAGAGAACAGCACUGAGGGUAAACUAGUCCAACCAGGGGAAAUUUACACAUAUCAUUGGACUGUACUUGACACAGAUGAACCCACAAAGGAAGAUCCUCAGUGUCUCACCAGAUUUUAUCAUAGCGCUGUUGAUAUAACAAGGGAUAUCGCCUCAGGACUUAUUGGACCACUUCUGGUUUGCAAACGCAAGGCACUCGACAUGAAGGGAACACAGAAUAAGGCUGAUGUCGAGCAGCAAUCACUCUUUGCCGUCUUUGAUGAAAACAAGAGCUGGUAUUUGGAGGACAAUAUCAAGAGAUUCUGCAGCAAUCCCUCCACUGUUAAGAGAGAUGACCCCAGAUUUUACAAGUCUAAUGUCAUGCACACUCUCAAUGGCUAUGCAUCUGAUAGAACAGAUAUCCUUGGAUUUUGUCAGGCUAAUAUUAUUGAAUGGCACCUCACCAGUGUUGGCACACAGGAUGAGAUAGUGCCGGUGCAUCUUUCUGGCCAUACUUUCCUGAACAGAGGAAAACAUCAAGAUAUCUUACAUCUUUUCCCGAUGAGUGGUGAAUCAGCUACAGUCACCAUGGACAACGUUGGAACCUGGCUUUUAUCAUCAUGGGGCUCCCAUGAGAUGAGCAACGGAAUGAGACUUAGGUUUAGAGAUGCCAAAUGUGAUGAUGUCGAUUACACAGAAAAUUAUGAUGACGCUUCAGAUUAUGCACUUGUCACAUUUUCAUCUGAGCAAACUGAGACAGCAAUACGAAAGGGGGGGAAAGUGGACAAAAGUGUGAUAAAUGAAAAUGUCCUUGAUAACUAUGAUGAUCAAACUGAGGAUGACUUAGAACAAGAAAUGUUUGCUUCGAUGCUUGGACUUAGAUCACAUCGUAAUGGAUCGAUUGCUGAAGAAGAAGAAAAGCUGAAUAUCACUGCUCUUGCCAUACAAGAAGAAAUUGACAGCACCCGCAAUAAGACAGAUGGUAAUGCAACUGUGAAAUCACAUCUGGUGUUCACAAAUAACAGUGAUACUUCGCAUGGUGAUAAUGUGCUGAAAAGUCCAAGCAGUGCUUCGAAUACAGCUGCACUUGACUCCCUCCAUCCUAAUUACACAUCUUUGGCAAAUGAUACUUUGAUUGCAUAUAUUGCUGCGGUGGUUAGAAACUGGUCCUCUGAGCAAGGCAAAAGUAACCGUACUUCGCAUGGUGAUAAUGUGCUGAAAAGUCCAAGUACUGUUCCGAAUACAGCUGCACUUGACUCCCUCCAUCCUAAUUACACAUCUUUGGCAAAUGAUACUUUGAUUGCAGAUAUUGCUGCAGUGGUUAGAAACUGGUCCUCUGAGCAAGGCAAAAGUAACCGUACUUCGCAUGGUGAUAAUGUGCUGAAAAGUCCAAGUACUGCUCCGAAUACAGCUGCACUUGACUCCCUCCAUCCUAAUGACACAUCUUUGGCAAAUGAUACUUUGAUUGCAGAUAUUGCUGCAGUGGUUAGAAACUGGUCCUCUGAGCAAGGCAAAAGUAACCGUACUUCGCAUGGUGAUAAUGUGCUGAAAAGUCCAAGUACUGUUCCGAAUACAGCUGCACUUGACUCCCUCCAUCCUAAUUACACAUCUUUGGCAAAUGAUACUUUGAUUGCAGAUAUUGCUGCAGUGGUUAGAAACUGGUCCUCUGAGCAAGGCAAAAGUAACCGUACUUCGCAUGGUGAUAAUGUGCUGAAAAGUCCAAGUACUGCUCCGAAUACAGCUGCACUUGACUCCCUCCAUCCUAAUGACACAUCUUUGGCAAAUGAUACUUUGAUUGCAGAUAUUGCUGCAGUGGUUAGAAACUGGUCCUCUGAGCAAGGCAAAAGUAACCGUACUUCGCAUGGUGAUAAUGUGCUGAAAAGUCCAAGUACUGCUCCGAAUACAGCUGCACUUGACUCCCUCCAUCCUAAUUACACAUCUUUGGCAAAUGAUGCUUUGAUUGCAGAUAUGACUGCAGUGGUUAGAAACCUGUCAUCUGAACAAGGAAAAAGUAACCCUACUUCGCAUGGACCUUCUACAGAGAAGGAGCAAGAAGAUAACAAAGGUGAAAAGGAUACACAUCAUGAAAAGAGUGAAAGGCAAGGUCUAACAGAGGCAAUAUUAUUUGCCCUUAAAGAGAUGCAUGCCCUGCUGUUUCAUGUGCAACAAAAAAGAAAUAUUUCUGCUUUAGACAACACCACUUCAGAUACUCCAUUUCUUCCUGUUCCCAGUGCAGAAACUGCUUCCAGCUUAGAUUCUAGUCACCUUUCACAUUAUCUUUAUGAUUAUGAGGAUGAAGAAGAAGCAAAUACUGAGUUUUCUGUGCUUUCAACAAAUUUACCUUUGGCUGUAGCAGAGACAGUGGAAAACAAUGGUUCUGAACAAGAGUUGUUGGAAGAUCAACAAUAUGAUGAUUUGACUUCUGACGGUAUGUUAGAUAGCUUUGCUUCUACUCCCAUCCCAGCGAAUUUGAAGGACUCACCUCACCAGAGUCUAAAGUGUCCCCCCAAAAAGAUGGCUUCUGAAUGGAAUGUUGUUUCUGAGAAGGUGAGUUAUGAUACAGAAGCAGAUCUCACCAAACCUGUUGACAAUAAACUACAGAACAGCUCCAGAAACGUCACCUUGUAUCCAGAAAAUCCCAAGUUCCCUAGUAAGAGAAAGCACGAGGCAUACAAAGCUGGCUCCCAGCUUGAGUUAGGCCAACUAGAAAUGAAUAACAAGCAGGAAGCCCUGAAUGAAAAGAGAAAGGAGAAUUGUACUGUCAGUAAACCUGGAACGUUCCAGAAGGCUCGGCGAAAGAAAAAAAAGCCAAGAGUCUUAGCACCGAGAACUUCCAAACCUCUAAUGUCACCUAGAGGAUUCGGCAGCACCCAAGUCUCCACUGAACGCAACCAUACCGUGAUGCCAAAUGAGGUGUACGAUACUUUGGCACCAAAAGAGGAUAAACCAGAGGUCACGUUAGGUUUUAUAGGCGACGAUGGGGAAUAUAUGGAAUAUGACAUAGACAGCACAGUCUAUGACGACAGCAGCAGUGGCUCAUUUGAAUAUGAGACAGUACACUAUGACAACCCAUAUAUGACAGAUCCCCGACUUGACAGUUACACAGCACGUAACCCAGAUGACAUAGCUAAGCGUUACCUCCGGACUAUGAACAGUGCAAACAUAAGGAGAUACUACAUUGCAGCCGAAGAGGUUCUCUGGGAUUAUGCGGGACCAAGAAAAAGUACAGUGAAAAGUGGCCAAGCCAGGACAGGGUACAAAAAAGUGAUUUUCCGAAGUUAUCAAGACGAAACUUUUAGGACACCGGAAGCUGGAGGGGAAUAUGAGGAACACCUUGGCAUCCUUGGUCCUGUCAUUAGAGCUGAGGUGGAGGAUGUCAUCCAAAUUCACUUUAAAAAUCUGGCCUCCAGGCCAUAUUCUCUCCAUGCCCAUGGGCUUUAUUAUGAGAAGUCUUCUGAGGGUAGAAGCUAUGAUGACCAGUCUCCAAAAUGGUUUAAAGAGGAUGAUGCAAUCCUGCCAAAUGGCACCUAUACUUACGUCUGGCAUGCGACCCAACGGUCAGGACCUCCAGAAAAUCAGAGAACAUGUAGAUCCUGGGCCUACUACUCUGCUGUAAACCCGGAAAAAGAUAUUCACUCUGGCUUGAUUGGACCAGUCUUGGUCUGUCAAAAAGGAAUGCUUGACAAGUAUAGCAAGCCAAAGGACAUGAGAGAAUUUGUCCUGCUUUUUAUGGUCUUUGAUGAGGAGAAAAGCUGGUACUUCAAUAAAUAUAAAAAAAAGACUCAUGUUGAGAGAAUUUCCGGAGCAAAAAGGCACCAUAAAUUUCCUGCUAUUAAUGGGGUUUCAUACCACCUUCAGGGGUUGCGGAUGUUUAAGGAUGAGAAGGUCCACUGGCAUUUGCUAAACAUGGGUGGGCCAAAAGACAUUCAUGUUGUUAAUUUCCAUGGUCAGACAUUCACAGAACAGGGAAUGGAAGAUCAUCAGCUUGGUGUCUACCCUCUUCUUCCUGGUUCAUUUGGUACUGUUGAAAUGAAACCGUCAGGAGCUGGCACGUGGCUUUUAAAAACAGAAGUCGGUGAAUAUCAGGAAGCAGGAAUGCAAGCCUCCUUUACUGUUAUAGAUACAGGAUGCAAGCUGCCCAUGGGUCUAGCAAGUGGCAUUAUAAAAGACUCACAGAUCAGUGCUUCGAACUACAUAGGAUACUGGGAGCCUAAACUGGCAAGAUUAAAUAAUGAUGGAAAAUACAAUGCUUGGAGCGUUGGGAAGAAUGAAAGUGAACAUCCUUGGAUCCAGGUGGACCUAGAAAACCAGGUUCUAAUCACAGGCAUUCAGACCCAAGGAGCCAAGCGGUUAAUGCGUUCCUUGUAUACAAUGGAGUACGUCAUUGCCUACAGCAAAGAUGGAAGAAAAUGGGUUGCUUUUAAAGGGAAUCACUUAGGGGCACAGAAGGUUUUUGAAGGCAAUUCAGAUGCCCAUGGCAUAAAAGAAAACCUCAUUGAUCCUCCUGUUGUUGCUAGGUAUAUUAGGGUGUAUCCAACCAAGUUCUAUAACAGGCCGACUCUUCGUAUGGAACUCCUGGGUUGUGAUACAGAAGAUUGCUUUAUGCCAUUGGGAAUGGAAAGUGUGGCUAUCAAGAAUGUGCAAAUUACAGCCUCUUCUUAUAAGAAGACUUGGUUGGGUUCAUGGGAGCCAUCUCUUGCCCGCCUCAAUCUCAAAGGGAAGAUGAAUGCCUGGCAAGCAAAGUCCAACAACAACCAACAAUGGCUGCAGAUUGAUCUCCUUCAACCUAAGAAGAUAACAGGCAUCAUAACACAAGGAGCUAAAUCAAUGUACAGUGAAAUGUAUGUGAAGACAUUUUCCAUCCUCUACAGCGAUGAUGGUUCAGUGUGGAAGCCUUACAUGAAUGAUUCAACUUCCAUGGGAAAGGUGUUCACAGGCAACAUUAACAGUGGUGGCUUAGUCAAGAACUACUUCAGGCCACCGAUAUUUUCCCGAUUUCUUCGUGUCGUUCCAAAAACAUGGAAUCAGAGUAUUGUACUUCGGAUCGAACUCUUUGGUUGUGAUGUGUUUUAGGGGCUGAACAGAAGACUAUCAUACUGAAAGCCCCACAACCUUUAAGCUUGCUGAUACCAGAUGUUUUAAAAGGGGAAACCAGAACAAAAAAACUCUUUUAGAGUGAUUAGGGGUGUGCGUAUCCAAAGCACUUUAAGCUGUGGAUUGGAAUAGCUUUGAAAAUUCAAUUAAAAGACAUUCGUACCUAUUUAAGUACUGUGAAUGCAUAAGAUAAACAAGCAAUUGUAUUUUCCAUUAUCACUGUGAAUAGAUACCUUAAUGUGUAUUACAAUCAUUGCCUUUGCCUUCUUCUGCACUUCCCACCUUCCCUCUUCCAUGCUCAGAAUAGCAUGCUUCAACCAGAUAGUAAGAGCAGGAAUGAGGAGUGGGGUCAGGACUCAGGAGUCUCUGAUCAGUGAGCUGUCAGCAGACACAUGAGCUUUGUUUACCAAAGGAUUCUGAGGAGCCAUUCCUUCAGGUGAGGUUAGUUGGUCUUGUUCUAAUUCAGGGGUCACCAACUUUUGUAGGCCUGUAAGCACAUUUGGAUUUUUGAGACCGUGCUAUCAACACCACCCACUUUUCAUUUCUUCUCUGCGGAUCACAUCCCACCUCCAUGAGAGACAGAAAGAUAGUGCACGUAUUUCCCUUACUAUGGGACCUGAAUAGAAGUUGGAUCCAGCAGAAUUAAUUUCAGCCUUGGAAAGGGCAUAGAGCUGAAAGAGAAGUGGGGAAUAAUAGCGUUGCUCUUUCAACUUCCUCCUUCAGGAGAGAAAAGGUAAGCACCCUCAUGACCAAGAAGACAGCUCAGAGGGGGCACCUGGGCAAGACCUCAGGAGCUCCCCUACAGCCACAGGAGCCACUGUUCUGAUUCUUCACAAAAGCUGUUGCUGCUGAUAAAUGAACAUUCACAACAUUUGUCAGUAUAACUGAUCUAAGUAGACACCGCAAUUGGUUCUACAUUAUCUCAGAUGAGUUCCAAACUUGCCUAAUAAAAGGGUAGUUCGCAAAUAUAAGUAGGAAAUCAUAGAAUUGUAGAGUUCUGUGAUUUUCUGCGUAUCAGCUAGAUGUUUGUGCUUCAAACAAUUAUUGACUUCAUUGUAUGUGGGGAAAACAUUUAAAAGAACGUACUGUACACCGCAUAUUAGAGAAUAAUUUAAGAUGAGUAGAAAUGGUUAUGUAAGGUAUGUCUCCAAAUGCACAGUCAUGUACUUUGCUAACUAUUUAUGGACAGGUCUUCCUUCCAUGACUUUGGAGGUGGAUUAACACUGAAAUUCAUAAGCGGGUGGUAAAUCUUUCUGCAAGGUGCUUAACACUUUUUCAGGAUCUGUUAUUUGUAUUUUCUGAAUGAAAUGCAAAACAAUGCAUAUCUAAUGUGUUAAAAGCACACUUGGUUGCAGCUCCCUUUUAUUCCAACAUCUUUAAAAAUCACUGAUCCGCAAGACCUUUGGACUGCUACUAAGAGGCAAAGAAAAUGCGUUGUAUUCUUAUUUCUGUAUAACAAAACUGACACUGUAUGAGGGGAAAUGCUAGAAAGGAAUUAGUUCAAAAACACUGAAAUCAUGGCUCAGCCAGUGUGGUGCAAUGAGUAAAGUUUGCAGCCUGGGUGCAGGAACUUAACUUCAGAUUCCAUCAUCUCUGAACACUGACCAUACUUGCUGCUUGAUAGGAUUUGGAGUCCAGCACAAUCUGGAGGGGGCACAGAUUCCCCAUCCUUCUAUGAAUAGCAAAUGUUGUUGCAUUCUUUCCUGUUGUGGAACAAAGGCCCAAACUAUAUAUGAUGUAGGAGACAUUUUCUUAUUUUUUAAAGGUAUAAAAUCAACUGGUGCUAUUGGAGGCAUUUAACGCCAUUCCCCACUGUUUUUUCCCAACUAAAAUCAAUUAUCGCAAAGCUGCUAUUAGUUCUAGUUGAGGAAUGGGAGAGCCCCCACAUGGGCUAACAUCAAUUUAGAAGUGAGGAGCAAUUUCUAUAGUGAAAAUGGUGGUGGGGAAAAGGGUUAAACCAGGCAUGGCCAAACUUGGCCCACCAGAUGAUUUGGGACUACAAUUCCCAUCAUCCCUGACC